AACCCCUGUACUCCUGUAGCUGUAGACCACCCCCCACAGCAAAAAAUAUUUUCUCCUCUCUGGAGACCAGUUUGACCAGGAAGACGAGACCCCCUCCCCACUUUGUCCUUGACCAGUUUGACCCGUGUCCCCGUCCGUCUCUCAGAGGGAGCGGCCAAGAGUAGCAAGGCGCAUCUUUGUUUCAAGAAGGCAGGGAGGCGGACAGAGAGCCGCUCAGCCGCGUGGGUGUUGCUUGAGAAAUGCUCCAGCGCUAAGAAGAAAGACAAGUGCCUCAGCCCUCGAUUGCUUGCCAAAUGCGUCUCCAUUGUUUUAAGAAGAAAGACUAGUAAUGAGGAAAAAAAGCUCCUUUCUGCAGAGAUUUCUUCUUCUUCCCCGACGUUUCCUGCACCGAGAGAGCGACGAUGGCCAGCGACGAGGAGACCAGCCGGGUGGUUCGUGCACUCGUGGAGAAGCACCUCGAGUCCGUGGUGAGCCUGAGGGCCUUCAAGGAGCCCUCCGAACCACAGCUGGGAGACGAGGGGAACCAGGACAGCGACGAGGAGCUCAUGGGAGAGGAGGGGGAGGAGAAGAAGGAGGAGGGGGAGAGCAGCGCCCCCAAAAAAGAGGCCCUGACGCCGGUGUGCUAUGGCACAGGAAGCAUCAUCCACUCCUGCGACCGAUUCGCCCUGGUGUUCUCCGUCGCCCACACCUUCGCCCCGUUCCGUUCGAGGCAACCUGGGGCGCUGGUUGCCGAGGACACCACGCUCCUCGUCGAGUUCUCGGAUGGGCAGAUCCGUCCCGGCCAUUUUCGAGCCAUAGGGUGGAGCCAUGACAUGUCACUCAUCAUGGUGCUUACCAACACGAGGUACCGGCCAGUCAAAUUCAUCGACCACAGCUGCCCUGCCAUGGGGUUCUCCGCUCAUGAAAGGGAGGCGCGUGUGUACAGCAUCUGCACCUACCCCGCCGAGCGACGCAACGCCCUGAUGGGCACCGCGUUGUCCGGCAAGAUAUGUGGACCUCUGAGGCGUGGGCGAAACGUUGAUAAAGUGUUUGAGCCAGAGCUAAGGAUGUGCGAAUUUGUCAUGGGUGGAGCGAGCGGCUGCUCUGGUGCUCCUCUCUUCACGGCAACUCGCCAUGUCAUGGGGAUGUGGCUGUCUCAAGUGGGGGAGUGCAAGUUUGCAGUGCUUGUUCACUCCAUAUGUGAAUGGCUUCGCACGACCUACAGAUUUCAAGAGACAAGCAUGAAGCGUCUGGUACCCAGGUUGGCAUCGCUAUACUUAGAGCAUCUGAGGCGAGUCGAUCCACAGGAAUGAUUCAGGCACUUGGUCUCUGCUCAAUGCCUUGCUUGUUAGUGCUCUCUGUAGCAUGCGGUUUUCUUCACUUGUUGUCCGACUAUUUAACUGAUGGAGCAGCCGAUUUUCUUCACUUGGCGUCCGACUAUUAACUGAUGGAGUGUUUGUUAAUUCGUAGCUCAACUUUCUCAGUAGCUUAUGAUAUCUUUCCUCAUGUUAUCAUCCGGUUUAAGAACCAAUUUGGAGUUUCUAGCCUUAUUGGCAUCGUUUCAAGGGCAGGUUGAGCCCCAGACCCCCUACCUCCCUGGGCGUUGGAACUCGCUCAAAUGCAAAACCUGAAUCAUGGCAUGACUCGUUUUUUCCCCAUGAGGGCCAUUUUCAAUGUUGUUGCAGCAUUACUUUUCUCUGCAGUACGUAGAAAACAUAAGAAAAAUGUUACAUCAUUUAUUUUUA